AUGAACCCUGCAGCGCAAGAGUUUAUCCCGCAAAAGAAGCGGUCCUUGGAUCCCGCUGUUGCCCCGGCAGAUAGUCGAGCAGGUCAACAACCACCACUCUUACAUCAUCAUCAUCACCACCAGUCGCCACCGCCACCGCCACCACCGCCUCAGCCGCAGCCAACGAAGUUGCGUGCGUCGGCGCCUGCGUUUGUGCCGAAGUCCUCCGCGAUGAUGGCGGGCCCGCUGCCGCUGGACGCCCCAACAACAACGACGACAACAACGAUGAUAUCAUCUUCGGCCUCUGCGGUCCUGCCGGCCCCGCAGCCGGUGGAGCCCGCCGCGGCCGUGCCGGGUAGUGACGGGCGGCCCUCGCCGGGGUCGAAGGCGCUUUCGCUCGACGCCCGGCCGUACACCCCGACGAACCCCAAAGUGGCCGCGAAGUUCCCGGCAACGCCGCAGGCACAGCAGAGUGUGGCCGCCGUAGACCCCGCAGAGGCCUCUCCCACGCCUUCGCCCACUGCCACUGCCGCACAGCAGCAGGAUCAACAACAACAGAAGGAGCAGGAGAAGCAAGCUGAAGAAAAGGAGCAAGGGGCAAAACAGGAACCCGCGCGGGAUCCGCCACUGCAGGCGGAAAAGCAAGAAGAACCACAGGAGCGAGGAGCCGAACCGGCGGGUGAGGAAUCUGUCGGCUCCACCUCCGCACUCGACGACAACAGCAACUGUGUACUACAACAGAUUGGCGCGUUGGGCAAUCCGGUGGCAACUGACUUUAGCGGCUCCGCACUACCAUCUCUUUUUAAUGUGUCGUGCGUAUCAUUGCCUCCACCUGAAUCACCUAUUCGCUUUAACACGGUGUGGGCCCUUCACGCAGAUGAUCAUCCAACUCCCUUCGGUGCCCCACUUGCAUAUGAUCCGGUACUCGUACAACUUGUUGGAGAUGUGGAGGCCUUUUGGCGUCUCUGGCGUUAUUUACCACCACCCUCCUCACUUGUUCCUACCUUUACGUAUCACUGGUUCAGGCGAGAUAUUAAGCCAAACUGGGAACACGCACGUAAUAAGAAUGGUGGAACCAUUACCAUUGUUAUCUUUGACAGGGAUAAGCCUGGACUGAACAGUAAGCAGAAUAUGGAUGAUGCAUUUAUGUUACUGCUGAUGGCAUGUUGUGGUGAGACCCUCGCGGAGAGCACGACAAACCUUAAUGGUGUUAUGCUUAAGGUAAGACAGAAUAAACCAACCACCGUACAAAUUUGGACCGCAACCUCUGAUCAGCGAAAACUGAAAGCACUUGCCAACAGCCUACGCAGUUUACUUGAGAAGGUUAUUGGUUCAAAACCCCUACAGAAGCUGGAGUACUUUUCACACCAGCAGAAACAGGUCGGGGGACCAGGUAGCUUGGCAGGAAGAAUGAAGGGGAAACCAACAAGAAUAACUCCAGACUUCACACUCUAA